ACUGGCCUAUCCCCAGGCUACGUUUGCUGUCAGAGGGGAAAACAGGAAGCUGACGGGUGUGUACCACUGCAAUCCAACCUCCCACUUUUUCUACCUGCUUUUUCUUUCCCUCGACCAAAGAAGCGCUGGAUACACCUAUCGUCGUCCUUCUCCUGUCUACUUUCUUCACAGCAGUGUAAAUGGCCUCUGGAAUAGCGGUCCACGAUGACGUCGUUCACACGUUUGACAAGAUCAGGGUUCGCCUCCAGGGGGCUGACAAGCAGGAGCAGCUGAAACUGGUGCUCUUCAAGAUCAGCGACGAUGGGAAAUGUAUCAUCGUGGACGAGGACAAAUGCCUGAAGGUCAAGGACCUGAACGGGGAGGAGGACGUAUUCAGGAAGAUCGUCAACAUGAUGCCGACAGAUGACUGCCGCUAUGCCCUGUACGACUGUUCCUGGGAGAGCAAGGACAGCCCCAAAGAGGACCUGGUCUUCAUCAUGUGGGCUCCAGAACACUCAACGAUCAAGAAGAAGAUGAAAUACGCCAGCUCAAAGCAAUACAUUAAAGCAAAGUUCCAAGGUCUGAAGUUUGAGUGGCAGGUGAACGACAUGUCAGACGCCAAAGACAGCUCCGUCUUCAUCGAUAAACUGGGAGGGAGAGGAGUCGUUAAAAGACUGGAGGGGAGAGAGGUCUGAGGUCCUGACUCCUGACGCCGCCGUACAACACGGAAUCAAAACCAGACCUGGAUUCAAAUACUAUUCCAAAUCCUUCAGAUAGUUUCAGCGUUUGCUUAAGGCUGCUUAAGAGUGCCAGGUGGGCAGGUUUUUGAACAUUUAGGGAUUUUCUACUGAUUGCAACAGGCAAGCUCAGUCAAGCACAGCAAAAGUAUUUAGAAUUAUUUUGAAUAGUUCUUGAACCCAGGUCUGUUCAAAACACAGAAGCAGCCCACUGCCGGUGUCUCCAACUGAACUGUCCAACGACAGAGUGUGGUAGUUGAUUUGGUCUUUGUAGAAACAUGCCUUGGUCAAUGAAAUAGUUACUCAUGUAGUUGAUACAUUUUACAUUUUUCCAGACGUGACUGCUCCACGAUUUAUACAAAUUCACAUGCAUUUCCUGUAUCUUGGGAUCCUGGUAUCAUCUUUGAAUGUGCUUUUAUUUGUGGUAUCUUGUGUCUAUUGACUCUGUUCCAGAACAAUCAUGUGAUUUUAAGCAUACCGUUGAUAUCACACCUUCCAUGUUUGCUGAUGUUUUGUUUGAAUUGGAAAAUGUCACAAUAAUAUUGUUAAAAAAGGAAGAUACCUCCACAGAAUGUCGAUGGCCACCACUUUAUAAUAAAGAGGAACUGGAUUUCCAGUAAA